AUGAUGGGCCCGGUCGUGCGCCUUCUGGCUCUCGCCGCCGUCUUCUCUACGCUGUGCGGAGUCUCCAUGGGCAUCCACCCGGCCAGCUUGGGCAGACCAGGGUCCGGCACUCUCUCUGGCUCCCUGCGUGCCCACCCACGCCCGAUCCCGACGAUCCGCGGAGACGAGAACGACUACUGCCCGCCAAACCUCGAGUGCGCACCGUACAAGCUGUUGAACAAGAGUGAGGAUGGCGUGGAGGUGCGGGAGUACCCGCCGACGGUGUGGGUCGCGACGCAGAUCGACACGGGCUACUACAACGCCCAGGCGCGUGGCUUCAGGCGCCUGUACAAAUACAUCGGAGGGGAGAACGAGAUGGGGACGAAGAUCGAGAUGACGGCCCCGGUGUCGGUGACGAUCCCUGCGAAGGACGGCUUCGAGGGCACGCGCGACGGCCCGUACACGAUGGCCUUUGUCCUCCCGGCGGAGUUCCAGGACAACCCCCCCGCGCCCCUGAACGACGACCUGUACAUCGACCGGCGCGACGGCUUCGUGGCGAGCGUCGUGGGCUUCGGCGGCUGGGCGUGGAAGGGCAAGACGUACGAGCAGGCGCGGUCGCUGUACGCUCUCCUCAUGUCCCAGGGCAUCGAGGCCGAGAUGGACGAGUUCCAGAGUCUCGGAUUCAACCCCCCGUUCCAGCUCCGGCACCGCCACAACGAGGUGCUCGUGAAGUGGGAGGGCUCCUUCGAGCGGUACCUGAACCGCGCGCAGGACGGGGAGUGCAAGCCCUGGUCGGACAAGGCUGCGUGCGAGCAGGCGGGCUGCGCGUGGUGCGAGGCCAAGGCCGUGCCGUCGGCGUGCUACCCGCCGGACAUGGCGAAGAAGCUGCCGCCGUCCGUGUUCAGCUGCGACAUCCAGUUCGCGGCCUGA